AUGAUGAUGACAAAUGUAACCACAGUGAGUGGCUUCUUCCUCCUGGGGUUCUCUGACAACCAGAAACUGCAAAUCCUAUACGCUUUGCUCUUCUUGUUGAUGUACCUGUUGAGUUUGGCAGGUAACUUUGUCAUCAUCACCAUCACAACACUGGACCCACAACUCCAGUCUCCAAUGUAUUACUUCCUGAAGCACCUUUCCCUUCUCGACAUCUCCUCUCUGUCUGUCACUGUCCCCCAGUCUAUUCACAAUUCCAUGACUGGCAGUGGGUACAUUUCCUAUGCUCAAUGUGUGAUGCAGGUUUUCUUCUUCAUAUCCUUGGCCUGGGGUGAGGUGGCCAUUCUCACAGUGAUGUCCUAUGACCGCUAUGUGGCCAUCUGCCUUCCACUGCACUAUGAGGUCAUCAUGAAUCCCAGGACAUGCAGAUGGGCUGUGACAGUUGUGUGGAUAUGUGGAGGCAUCACAGGAACCUUGUACAUAGCAACCACAUUCUCUAUCAGAUUCUGUGGGGUCAAAAUAAUCCACCAGUUCUUCUGUGAUGUCCCCCAGUUGCUCAGGCUCUCCUGCUCCAAUGAUUACGUUGGAGUGGUUGGACUGGCUGCUUUCAUGUGUUUACUGGCAUUUGCCUGCUUCAUUGCCAUUGUCCUCUCCUAUGUGCAGAUAUUCUCCACAGCCCUCAGGAUGCCAUGCGUGGAAGGUCGGUCUAAGGUCUUCUCCACCUGCUUGCCCCACCUCUGUGUGGUCACAUUUUUUCUGUUUAUAGGUGCCUGUGCAUAUCUCAAGCCAACAUCAGACUUAGAACCUGCUCUAGACCUCCUUCUUUCUAUAUUUUACACAGUACUACCCCCAACCCUGAACCCUGUUAUCUACAGUCUAAGGAAUGAGGUCAUGAAGGGGGCUAUAAGGAAAUUACUGUUAGGUGGAGAAUUCACUAGAAAGAGAUUUGUUCUUAGUGGCUGGUACUGUUAA